AUGGGUCGUGAAAGACAGAAAAAGAAGAACAGGUCGUCCAAGCCCACGGUGCGACCCAACUCCAACCGAACAAAGGCUGGGAAGAAAAAGGUCAACUUUUUAGGAAAUGAGACAAUAGCGAAAAACUGGGAUCGCAAACUCACCGUAUCGCAAAAUUACAAGCGAUUGGGUCUAUCCUCCAAGUUGAAUGCUGCAACUGGCGGCACCGAGAAGAAACGACUGAAAGACGGCGAGACUGAGAAAGAGACCAGAGACCCCUUUGCGAUAAGCGGACCACGAGCUGCCGCCAAAUUAGCCAGCCAAGAAGUGCAAGUUGAGAGGGAUCCAGAGACGGGCCGCAUUGUCAGGGUUAUCCGGCCAGAGACUGAUGAUGUUGACGACAAUCCCUUGAACGAUGCCCUCAAUGAUAUCAUGGAUCUUGACAGUCAAGGGCCAGAGACAAGGUCAAAGCAUGACGUGGUCGCUCAACUUGAAGCUCAAGCUGCUGAAGAAGAGGAGCUCUUGGCCACAAAGAGACGCCCAAGACAACAGAGUAAGCGAGAAGAAGAGUGGAUUGCAAACCUGGUUGAAAGAUACGGAGACGACAUUAAAGCCAUGGUAAGAGAUCGCAAGCUCAAUCCGAUGCAGCAAACAGAGGGCGAUAUCAGUCGAAGAAUCAGAAAAUGGAAAGCUUCUCGGGAAGUCACAACUUGA